UCCUUUUAAAAACAUUAACACCACUUAAGGACGAGACAGUACAGUGAAGAGAGCUCAGGAAGUAUUGCUCUGAACUUGCAAUGAAGCAGCGCUGUCAAACUCGAAAAUUGAACUUAUUCUACUGGUUUUUUUGUGUUGAAUUUUCUAGGAUUCUACGAGCGUGUUUGUUGAAAAAAAUUGAUUUGGGUUAUCUUCUCGAAAUACUGUGGAUUUUACGUUUCGAAGGAGAAACUAACUGUGAUGCACCAUUGAAAACCUUAUGUUGUAGUGUUUUUUUGUUUUUUUUUUCAGUUGGAACAGGUAAAAAUUUCCACAUUCGUCCACAUUCAUGUAGACCGACCCAUUGAUUCAUGUCUUCUAGACGGCCACUGACCCUUCGAUUCAUGAAAAACGCACAACAAGGGCACAAUCCGAUCAUGGUAGAAUACUAAACUGACCUCCUUUGUUGUACACCAUGCCGACCCCGGAGUAUGGACCACAGGGUUUCUGGACUUCUCUAUGGUCUCCUUUGUGGCACAAAUCAAUGGUGUCGUAUUGCCCUCGGCUUAUCUGUGAGUGCGGCUAUACGCGUGAAAUUACGGUACACGUGUUCGACUCUAGUUACGCAGAAAAUACCACUCAUUGUCAUAUAAACGAAAUGUCAUAUCAAUGAACAGGAGUUACAUGUGGAUGUUAUUGGGAGGCAAAGGUUCCCCAGAAAACUGGUCAUAAAGCGGGAUGUUGCAUUAACGAGGUUCGACUCGUAUUAACCAGGUUCGACUGUACAGGGAGUGGUGCAGAGAUAGCAGACGACGCCUUUGGCUGUGCUGUCUGCCAUGGAAUAAGUCUCGUUGCUGAGCCGAAUCGUUACAAGAGCAUGAAAAGGCGUGAUGAAGCAGAAAGCUAGGACAUCUACGACUCGUGGCAGCGUGCACUUCGAUUCAAGGCAAAGUACGAGAGGAGGAAAAUGCACAACAUAGAAGACGUGAAGGCGCACAAGAUGAAGUAUGGUAAAAGAGUUAUUGUGCAGUCACCUAAUGCGAAGCGCUUCUGCAGAGACUCUAAUCUUCCAGAAAUUAUUACGGGACCAGAGUCUGAUUUUUGUAUUGCUGGUCACAUCGAGUGGAUGGACAGUGAAUUGAAGAAGGUCUGUCCAGACAUGGAAAGGGUAUCUGAGUCUAUGAAGACAACGUUUGAAAGCAGGCGAUUGUGGUUACGAGAGCAGAACCCAUCGGUGGGUGGGAUUCUAGAAAGGUACCCAGCCCUUGCAAGACAGGAUCAGAUCUUUGAAGAGUUUGCUCGAAUCACCAGUGUCGACCCUCAACAAAAGCUCUAUGAAAUAGUGGAGCAGUACUGCGAUUCCGUUGUGCAACUCUCAGUCGGUAACAGGGCUGCACCGUUAGUUGGUCAAGCUCUGCAUGCUGCAAGUUUCUGCUCCGGUGAUGCCAAGAGAGAUCUCACCUGCCUAGCUUUCUUCGUAGCUCUGCCGAGCCUUUUAAAGGAAACCCACACUUCAUUCAUAAAAUCAAAUGUCAACCUCCCAGUGUACCCUGUGGUUGUGUGUAGUGAAGAAGACUUGCUAGCAGGAAAGGAAUGUUCCGUACAGAUUGGCACCUUCAGGUUUGAGGCACAGACGCCCAGCCUUGCUGUGCUGACAGCAUUUUGUCUCUAUUGGGUAUUGAAUUUCAAGUAUGAAGCCUGGUGCAGACGGACUUUCUGCAUCGUUGAAAAUCUCAUGGGUCUGGACAUUAUUGCCCCAUCUGGCAUGUGCAUUCAGCUGUUGUCAACCCUGAAGAAGCAGGAAAAACCGUAACUACAUCAGAGAUAGUCGAUGUGAGCAGUAUUGUUAAUGCUAAGCUCGCAUCCCACAAUAAUUUUAUUCGUGUCCUCGACGUACAUUCAGCAAAUGGUCUGCCAUACUCCUGUGCAGCUUUGAAGCUGUAAUGGAUACUUGUCUUCUGUGCAUUUUUAUCCAACAUACAAAGACAUGGAGAGCAGACAAUAAAAGUGAUGGUUCCUUGUC